CCGAUCCAACAACGACAAGUUGGAAGUAUUGCUGAUUACGAUCCAUUAAAUGGUAACUGGGGAACUGUAGCAUCUAGUAAAACUGCCGAAAAAAUCGGUCAAUUAAGUGGUGCAAAUGCACAAACGACAAAAAUAACAACGACGGGUAAUCAGCAGAAAGAAAAUAAAGGAGAGCAGAAAGUGAAUAGCGCUGCUACAACAGUUGGAAAAAGUAAUACAAAGGGUUUUGUCGUAAAGGCGAUUUAUGAUUAUACAGCAGCUGAUAAAGAUGAAGUGACUUUUGUCGAAGGCGAUAUAAUAGUGAAUUGUGAAAGUGUUGAUGAAGGUUGGAUGACAGGCACCGUUACAAGAACCAAGCAGUGGGGAAUGUUGCCCGCAAAUUAUGUUGAAAGAAUAAAACAGCCUACUGGAUUGCAUUAUCUCAGCUGA